UCUCUGGUCCGUACCUCAUUCCCAGCUUCUUCCGCUCCUCUAUCCUCUACGAUUCAUCAGUUGAGCUAGACCCCACCGAGCCAAUGGUGGCUCCGGCGACGCUGUCCCUCCGCCCCUGCGCGACCCUCGCGCCGUCCAGGGCCGCGCACGCCCACGCCGGGUUCGCCCACACUAGCCGUCCAGCCCUCUCCGUCUCCUGCCCGCCGACGCGCUUCGAGACCCUCCGCCGCGCCGCUACCGCCGUGUCCGACCGGCAAGGCUCCGCAGAGCCUUCCGAGAAACAGGAGGACAAGCCGCGGACGUACUACUUCCUGGUGGCGAACGCCAAGUUCAUGCUGGACGACGAAGAACACUUCCAGGAGCAGCUGCAGGAGAAGCUGCGGCUGUACGAGGAGCGCAGCAAGGAGCAGGACUUCUGGCUUGUGAUCGAGCCCAAGUUUCUAGACAGGUUCCCCAACGUCGCCAAGCGGCUCAAGCGCCCCGCCGUCGCGCUCGUCUCCACCGACCGCAACUGGAUCAGAUUCAUGAAACUAAGGCUGGACAGGGUCUUAGCGGAGCAAUUCGAUGCAGAGACAGUUGAAGAAGCAUUGGCUUCUAACCCUGCAGAGUUGAAAUUCGAUAAGCCUGACAAAUGGACAGCUCCAUACCCCAAAUACGAGUCUGGAUGGUGGGAGGCCUUCUUACCUCCAAAGUCCAGCAACGGCACGGCUUAGAGAUAAGCUUCAGUCGCCCCCGUGUAAGAUUUCUUCCAUGUAAGUGAUGAUUGUAAGUUUUGGUUUAUGCUAUGUGUAUGUAGUCCGUAAGUUUAUGAGAGUAGAGUUAGCUACAUUAGUUGCAGAGGUUGCUCUACUUUUUGAUAAUACCAAAUAAGUGGUGAUGUUUCGAAGUCAUGGUUAUGUUAUGGUUGUUUUGACAUUUCUUCAAGGAUACACAUUCCUGAUUCA